CCUUAUCUUUAUAUGUAACAGGAAAGAGCUGUUCUGAGCCCAGAAAGGAGGGGACCACUGCAGGAGCAGCUGGGGAGAGGACACAGAAGCUGUUGGGUGUCUGAGAGAUGGAUACGAUAUUUGGUAGAAAUAAAGAAGAACAUCCAGAGCCCAUAAAAGCUGAGGUGCGAGGUCAGUUGCCCACUUGGUUGCAAGGGAUACUGCUCCGAAAUGGCCCAGGGAUGCACACCAUAGGGGACACUAAGUAUAACCACUGGUUUGAUGGCUUGGCCCUGCUGCAUAGCUUUACAUUUAAAAAUGGUGAAGUUUACUACAGAAGUAAGUAUCUCCGGAGUGACACCUACAACUGCAAUAUAGAAGCAAACCGAAUCGUGGUGUCUGAGUUUGGAACCAUGGCUUACCCAGAUCCAUGCAAAAACAUAUUUUCCAAGGCAUUCACCUAUCUGUCUCACACCAUUCCUGAGUUCACAGACAACUGCCUGAUCAACAUCAUGAAAACUGGAGAUGACUUUUAUGCUACCAGUGAGACUAACUUCAUCAGGAAAAUUAAUCCACAGACACUGGAGACACUGGAGAAGGUUGACUACAACAAAUACGUAGCUGUAAAUGUGGCAACUUCUCACCCCCACUAUGACAGUGCUGGAAAUAUUCUCAACAUGGGUACUUCAAUAGUUGAUAAAGGGAAGACAAAAUAUAUAUUAUUUAAGAUUCCUCCCUCUGUGCCAGAAACAGAAAAGAAGAAAACUUGUUUUAAGCAUAUGGAAGUGGUAUGCUCCAUCCCUUCUCGCUCUCUGCUCCACCCAAGCUACUACCACAGCUUUGGAAUCACAGAAAAUUACAUUAUCUUCAUAGAGCAGCCAUUCAAACUGGAUAUUGUCAAAAUGGCAACUGCUUACAUGCGAGGUGUGAACUGGGCUUCCUGCCUUUCUUAUCAUAAGGAAGAUAAGACUUGGUUUCACUUUAUAGACAAGAAGACUAAAAAGGAAGUAUCCACCAAGUUUUAUACAGAUGCCAUGGUGCUUUUUCACCAUAUAAAUGCUUAUGAAGAGGAUGGCCACAUUGUUUUUGAUAUUAUUGCCUAUACUGACAAUAGCUUAUAUGACAUGUUCUAUUUAAAAAACCUCAAGGAAGACUUUGAGGAGACCAACAAGUUUACCUCUGUGCCAACCAGCAAACGAUUUGUUGUUCCUCUGCAGUAUGACAAGGAUGCAGAAGUAGGUUCUAAUUUAGUCACCAUUCAAACUACUGCAACUGCUGUAAAAGAGAAAGAUGGCAGCAUCUAUUGCCAGCCAGAAAUACUAUGUCAAGGGAUAGAACUGCCUCGCAUCAACUAUGGCUACAAUGGCAAGAAAUACACGUAUGUCUAUGCAACAGGAGUUCAGUGGAGUCCAGUUCCUACAAAGAUUGCUAAAUUCAAUGUCCACACAAAGGAAAUACUGCACUGGGGAGAAGACCACUGCUGGCCAUCUGAGCCUGUUUUUGUUCCCAGCCCUGAUGCAAAAGAAGAGGAUGAUGGCAUUGUUCUGACCUGUGUGGUGAUGUCUGAUCCGAAGCAAGCACCCUUCCUACUUGUCUUGGAUGCUAAAACAUUUAAAGAAUUGGGCCGAGCCACAGUAGAUGUGGAACUGCAUAUGGACUUACAUGGAAUAUUUAUACCAGAGAAAGAUUUGAAGACUGAGACUGAAUAAAAUGCUUUUCAUCCUAUUAUGCAGGCUGAGACAACCUUCUGAUAGAUGUGGGAUAAUAUAAUUCAGGAACAAGUUAUGACAAAAAAAUCAGUAAAUAUCUCUUGAAUAACUAUAUGUAAUUCUUUUAAGAGAUGGCAAUUAUUUUUAUUACAAAUAAUUUAUGCACAACUGGUACAUAACUUAAAACAGAGGAAUGAUCAGUAUUAAGUGCUAAUGUUGUAUACAACUCAGGGGGCAGGGAAUAGGAGACAAAGGCAUCAAGAAAUGUUUUUUUACAGUAGAAUAUAGCUUUCUGAGCAAAGGAAGUACUGUAUUUAUAGGGUGAUGCAUGGCAUGAGUCACCAAUGACUGCAGGUCAUGUAACUUUCAUGGACAAUUUCAAGACUGCAGCUCAUUAUGAAAGUUGCCUCCUGCCAGAAACUUCAUGUUAAACUAUCUGCUCUGAUUCUAAUAAUUCAUGGCAAUGCAUUGUCUUGGUGCUUGAUUUCUUAAACUCAACCAUAACCAAAGUAUUACACUGAGGUGCUACAACUUUCCAAUUUAGAACUUAAGAAACCCUGCUUUACUAAUAAUGUGUAUUUUUUCCUUUUAUGUUAACAAACCCAAGUAACUUGAAAUAGAAUAUAUGGGUUUAUGUAGCAUUCAGUUAUACUUCAGUGCUGUUUAGUCCUAACUACUGAACUGGGUUUGCCUGUCAAGGUUGUGGUGGUGGAAGGGCUAAAGGGCUAAAAUUUCUCUUCUGUGAGAAAUUGCUAGAAGCUUCUGCUGUGUUCAACAGAGCAAAUUCCAUCUGACUCUGAGACAGACCUGCUGCUGGCCAAGGCCAAGCCAGUGAUGACAUUUUUAAGAAGGGGACAAGGCCACUGCACAAUGGCAACUGCAGCCAGACAGGGGGGUGAGAAUAAAUGGGAGAGAAAAUUCUGCAGACAUCAAGGUCCCUGAAGAAGGAGAGGAGGUUCCCCUGCAGAUCCCCCUGCAGCUUGUGAUGAAGACCAUGGUGAGGCAGGCUGUCCUUCUGCAGCCCAUGGAGGUUCCCAGGCUGGAGCAGGUGGAUGCCCAAAGGAGGUUGUGGCCCUGUGGGAAGCUUGUGCUCUAGCAGGCUUCUGGCAGGACCUGUGGAGCCAUGGAGAGAGCAGCCCAUGCUGGAGCAGGUUUGAUUGGAGGACUUUUGACCCCAUAGGGAUCCUAUGCUGGAGAAGUCUGCUCCUGAAGGACUGAACUCUGUGGAAGGGGUGGAAAGGACUCACACUGGAGCUGUUUGUGAAGAGCUGUGGCCUGUGGGAGGGACUGACACUGAAGAAGUUCAGGGAGGACUGUGUCCUGCAGCAGGAACUCCUUCCUGGAGCAGGGGAAGAGUGUGAGGAGUCCUCCCCCUGAGGAAGAAGGCACAGCAGAGACAUUGUGUGAUGAACUGACCACAAACUGAAUUUCCCCUCCCCCUGUGCUGCUGUUGGGGAAGAGGCAGAGAAAUCAGGAGUGAAGUUCAGCCUGAGAAGAAGGGAGGGGUGGCUGGACGGUGUUUUUAAGAUUUUAUUUCUCAUUAUCCUGCUCUGAUCUGACUGGUGAUAAAUUAAAUUAAUUUUUUCCCUCAA